UAAAAAAAGCCGUUUUUUUCCCUCUGUACUGUUCAUUAAUCACCUUGGAAACCAACUCGUGAAAAAAGGUUUUUCUUUCUCUGCCCACGGUCCAGCAAUGGCUCAGAAGAACUAUGGUGGAGCCCCCUUUGGCACUCAGACUGCAAGAUUUGACGUAUCAGGGGUCCAUCCUCAGAGCAAAAUGCCCGGGACAUACACGCAGGUCUCCUACUGCAAGAAAGCCACUGCCAUUGAGUGUAAGUUGCGGGGGCCUGGGACUUACAGUAUUGAGACUGGCUGCUUCACUCAUAGAGCCAUGGAGAAUAAGAUGAAGGGGCCGAACUGGGAGAGGGCUCAGGACGUCUCCAAGCUGGCCUCCAUACCACACGUGCUCUACAAGAAUCAAUGGGAGCACAAGAGAGAACUAACUGAGCUGUUGGGCCCGGGCAAAUACAUGAUCAAGGACUUUAUGGAGGAGAUGAACUAUAAACCUUGUAGCAGUCGCGGGGUGUGUCAGUCAGGAGAGUCUCGCCUCAUCAAGGAGAACAAGUCCCACACAUCACUACCAGGACCAGGCACGUACGGUAAAGGGGGAGUACCGUGGGCAGGCCUGGAAGACAAACGCAAACAGUCGGCCAGUACAGUGGGCAUGCUUGAUGCUGGGGGCUCAAAGCUCUCCUCACAGGUCACUGGUAGCAACCUAGCCCCAGGACAGUACAAGUGCAAUAGCUCCAUUGACUCUGUACUUAACAAGACCACAGGUAUAAGAGGACCUUAUGAUCUGUACACUGGAGAUAGGUACAAGGUCACCAAGAGAGUGGUACAAACGAGGCAUUUGGCACCUGGGAAAUAUGAUUUGAAAAUGUUUACAGAUGAUCUAAAAGACCACCACCACAAAAAACACGGCAAAUUCUCCACCCUGCCGCAAUGUCCUGAUCCACCCACCCAGCGAAUAUACUUCAGCACACUCAAUCAAUGUCCGAGAAAAAAGGGUGAGCCUGGACCAGGUGACUACGAGAUGAGGCGGAGGAGAUGCAAGAGUGCCCCUGGUCGUUACCCCUUUAGCUCAUCCACUCAAAGACAACAAAGCCACUUCGCUGGCAGUAUGAACCCGGUUGGAGCUGGUCAGUACGACAUCAAUCGCUGCCAUGAGAAUAGACAUGUCAAUGCCAACAUGAGUGUGUUUGUGUCUGGGACUCCCAGACUCCCUAGGCAAGGGAACUCUUCAAGAGAACUGUUACUUAAUGAAAGGCUACACCCCAAAGCUGUGGUGGUACCCAAAGCUGUUGUGGUACCACCACUGAACGAUAAACCAAUUAUAGUCGUAUCUAGCUGAGCAGUCACAUGCAAUCAUGUAUGUAUGUAUUAUUAUGUCUGUGUUGUACGUGAGAACUAUUCUAUUAAUAAAUUGUUAUUACUGUGA